AUGUUACACCUUUUGCAUACCACAAAUGAUGGAAGAUACAUAUUAGCUGACUAUAAAAAUAAUGAUGGGUUUCUUUCUGAUGACUCAAAUUUACUAACUCAAAUACUAAUCAAUCAUCUUUUUCAGGAUAAUAGCAAGAACUGAUUUUUACUUAGAAAAAUUGCAGAUUUAAUUGUUGAUAUUUUUCCAAAACAAAAAGGUAUCAUUUACUUAAUACCAGCUAAAUCGGAAGGGCAUCAACAAACACAUGCUAAAGGAAAGCUUAUUGAGCGCUGGAAGAAUGUUGCUCGGCGAUUGAGAACCAUUGGAGCUAUUAAGUUUGAAAGAUAUAAUAAAAAUUUAGCAGAUAUAACAAAUUCUAAUGAAGUACGUACUGCAAAGAAAUGGCUAGAGACUAAUGGACUUAAUGCUGAUUUUCAAUUAGUAAAACAAAACUGGGCAUUAACUUAUGAGAUAAGAAGAAAAGAGAAUUUAAAUUCACAUGACCGUUUUUUAUCAAAUAUUUUUUUGACUUGGCCAAUUUUGCAAGGCCCAAAAGGAUAUGAUCUAAUUAUUGAAGAUUUCAAAAUUGCUUUUCCUGAAACUCAUUCCUUGUAUUCAGAAUGGAAUGACUUUUUGAAUGCAUGGGAAACGUUUUCAAAACGCUUAUUUGAUAUUCGAAGAAGUUCUAUUAAAGAUAAAAAUGCUCAGGCUCUACUAUGCAAAUUAGAUACUGCUUGCCUAAAUGGAGAUACAAGAACAUCAAAUAUAAUUAAAAUACUAUUGAUACCAUUCCUUGUACCUACCAAAACACAAAUAAAAAAUAGUAACUCCAAAUUUUGGAAACCAUCAUUAUCAGAAUCAGUCUCAGCGUUUGCUACACAUGUGGCUAACAUGAUAAAAUUUCAAGAGGAUUUGAUACAAAGGCAAGACAGAUAUUCGCAAUAUGGAUCUUCAAUUCAGCCAUUUAUCACUUUUGUUGGUGAGGAUAUCCAAUCCAUACACACAUGUUAUGUUCGUGUAAACCAAAAAUGUUGGCAUUUUGAGUGUCCUCUUAAGGCUUUAGAGGUUUGUUUUAAAUCAUAUUUUGUGUUCCAUUGCAUUUAUCCUAAAGAAUGUUAUGAUUCAUGGCUGAUUAUACAAAAGCAUUUAUUUAAGUUGAACACAGAGUAUGAUAAACAAACUUCUAUCAUAACUACAGUAUCUGUCAAAAUGCAAUCACUUGAAGUACCUACAAUUAAUUAA